UUCACUCACAGUGCGGCUCUCCAAACCUACUUAUAGCUCGGCUUUUCUUCUUUUCUUCUAUUCCUCAGCGAGACUAAGAGAGAGUUCUGUGUGUGUUUCUCGCCUCUCCGUUGACUUCGUGAGCGGGUGCCGUGUGUUUAGUUGAUCUUAGACACCAUGACGUUGACUGUCCACUUCAGGCGCUCGGAUGGUUUAUUGACGCUCAGAAGAUCGAUACAGUGAUGUUCACGACACAUGGCGUUGAACUGGUUUGGGGUUCCAGCGAGACCGAAAUCGCCUUUUUCAAUAGGACGACCGAGUUUCCCCCCACCGUGAAAACCACCGCGGAGCUCAAAAGUAAUGAGUCGUGUGGAGAGCAGCAGACCCUGGACUUGGACUUGACUAAGACGGUGAUCAUCGGGAUGAUGCUCAGCACCAUCACCGCGGUCACUGUGAUGGGCAACACGCUGGUUGUGAUCGCGGUGUGUGUCGUGAAGAAACUCAGACAGCCGUCAAACUAUCUUCUAGUGUCUCUGGCCAUAGCUGAUCUGUCUGUGGCAGUGGCCGUGAUGCCCUUCGUCAUAGUGACUGACCUGACGGGCGUCUGGCUGUUUGGGGAGGUUUUCUGCAACAUCUUUAUUGGGAUGGAUGUCAUGUGCUGUACAGCAUCAAUAAUGACACUGUGUGUGAUCAGUGUGGAUAGAUACCUUGGAAUAACUCGGCCUUUGACCUAUCCAGCGAGACAGAAUGGACAGCUGAUGGCCAAGAUGAUAGUCAGCGUCUGGUUGGUAUCGGCAUCCAUCACUCUCCCGCCGUUCUGCGGCUGGGCUCAGAACAUCAAUACUGUGGGAGUGUGUCUGAUCAGCCAGGAUGUGGGCUACACCCUCUACUCCACAGCUGUGGCCUUCUACAUCCCAAUGGUGGUCAUGCUUUUCAUGUAUUACAAGAUAUUCAAUGCUGCCCGCAAAAGUGGGGCCAAACACCACUUCACUACACUUCCCCCAAUUCAGAAGGGCUGUCCUGAUCCAGCGUUGGCCACUGUAGAAGGGCUCUGCAUGCACGGGAUGAAGAACGGUGCAGCUACUGAAGAGUUGUCUACCCUCUCCUCCCUGUUGAACCGCGACCGGCGGAGCGCCUCGAUUUUCAGGCGCGAGCAGAAAGCAGCCACCACCCUCGGGGUGAUCAUGGGAGUUUUUUCGUUCUGUUGGUUGCCGUUUUUUCUUUUCACCACAGCACGGCCGUUCAUUGGCGGUCUGCUUUGCAAUUGUGCCCCCGUCUGGCUGGAGCGAGUACUGCUGUGGUUGGGCUACACCAACUCGCUCAUGAACCCUUUCAUCUAUGCCUUCUUCAACCGAGACCUACGUUCGACUUAUAAAGACCUGCUAUGCUGCAGAUAUCGAAACAUUAAUCGGCGUCUCUCGGCUAUGGGAGUACAUGAGGCUCUAAAACUCUGACUGCUCACAAUCUGUUUAUAUGGUGGGAUGGUGCAUAAUAUAUCUUGUUGACUCCUCUACAAGUUAAAUAGAUACUUCAUCCCAAAAUGAACAUUUUGUCAUUAAUCAUUUACCCCCAUGUCGUUCCAAACCCGUAAAAGCUUUGCUCGUCUUCAAAACAACAAUUUAUGAUAUUUUGGAUGAAAACUGGGAGGAUUAUGACUGUCCCAAUGACUGCCAAGUAAAAUACACAGUCAAAGUCCAGAAAAGUAUAAAAGACUUUGUCAAAAUAUUCCUUCUGCCAUCAGUAUUUCAACAUUAACGUUAUGAAGCGACUAGAAUACUGUUUGUAAGCGAAGAAAAGAAAAAUAAUGACUUUAUUCAACAAUAAAGUAUCUCUCCACAUCACUCAAACUGCCUACGCUCUUCUGUGUCAAAGAUGCGCUAUUUCUACAUGUAUUUUGCUUUGAUUUGAAAGAAAACAGCGCAUCCUUGUGGCGCGGCUGACAUCUAAACAUUCCAAACAUUUGAAUCUAAAUAUUCUAAAUAUUUCACUUCAAUUUUCACCUGAAAUUCAAAGAUAAUAAUAUAUCAAUAACAUUUAUUGCUUUUCACACAAAUUGUGAUUAAAGGGCAGACUAAUACAGACUUAUUUUCAUACGGUUCCAUGCACAAUGCUAUAUUAAGACCUUAUAACAAUUACAUACUGUACAUACUUUUUGAAGCAGAAGCAGCUCUACUGUAUGUGCAUGGCUGUUCUAGCAUAGUAAACCUGCUUGGUAGCUCACCUACAGUAUACUGAGGUGUACUACAGUGCACUUGGGUGUGCAUCCAGUGAAACACAAAUCAUGAUGAAAUAAAUGCGCUAAACUGGCAUGGUUGCUUCAGCAUUGCAUUUUUAUCUCACAUUUGGAUUUGUCAAUACGUCAGAAAUUUGAUUCCUUGCUUCAGGUUCUAUGUAAAUCUGCAUGAAAGUGUAUUGCUUUAUCAACACUUUAAAAGCGUCAUGGCAUUUUUCAUUUGGAAAUGAAAUUAGUACUAGGCCUGUUUCACUACUUCAUUGCCCUUCAAUGUACAAAUAUGUUGUUGUCUGUGUUUUAGUGUGUUUGCUAUAAUGUAAUCUGAACUGUGAAAUAUACCUAUUCACAAAGGGUUUCAAGCCCUUUGAAAAAAAGAAUAUACAUAUAUUGUGACAAAGAUGUACUGAAUAUUCAAUUUAUAUUUUGAACCUCAUAUUGUCAGUGAGCUUGUGUCAGUAUUCUGAUUGUUUGUUUUGGAAGAUGAUGUACAAACCCAGCCGUCUUAAUACUCAUUUUUCUUAAUAAACAUUACCCUAAUAAAUA